AUGGCUGAGGCUGUGAAGAAGGACGGGAUGCACCCGUUGCUGUCCGGCUGCAGUUAUCCCGACAUUCUGUUGCUCAUAACUUGGAAUAUGAACUUAAUCAUUCCCAAAGCCCUGAAAUUGCUCACAGACAACAUGCAGGUGACAUUCUGCAGACUUCGGACUCACCAGUGGUGUUUCAUUCUGUUUAAUGUCGUACUGUUUCAUGCCUUGCUCUUUGGAGCUGACUUUGUGGAAGAAUACUUUUUACGGUCUUUGCCUCAUGUCGAUAUCAAAAUUCUUGAAAUUAAGAACAAGGCAAGAAAAUUGAACAUGGAAUCUGUAAGAAGCAAUCCUUCCAAGUAUUAUGUUCUGAGCCAGCCGGAGGCAUGUAAUGAGAAGACCAUCUUUCUGCUCUCUCUUAUCUUCAGUAGCCCAGGGAAUGGAACAAGACGGGAGCUCAUCAGGAAAACCUGGGGUAGUGUGACUAGUGUCCAAGGAUAUCCAAUUCUCACACUGUUUGCUCUGGGAAUGCCAGCUCUGGUAACUACCCAGGAAGAAAUAGACAUAGAGUCUCGGAAGAAUAACGAUAUCAUUGAAGGGAUUUUCUUGGACAGUUCCGAAAACCAAACCCUGAAGGUCAUCUCAAUGACUCAGUGGGCUGUGGCCUUCUGUCCUAAUGCCCUGUUCAUCCUCAAAGUUGAUGAAGAAAUGUUCGUCAAUCUACCAGGCUUGGUAGACUAUCUCCUCAGUCUAAAAGAACACUUGGAAGGUAUCUAUGUAGGAAGGGUUAUUCACCAGGAUAUACCUAACAGAGACCCCCACAGCCAAGAAUUUGUCCCUCUUAGUGAGUACCCAGAAAAAUAUUACCCAGACUACUGCAGUGGUGAGGCCUUUAUAAUGUCCCAAGAUGUGGCUCAGAUGGUGUAUGUGGUAUUGAAUGAAGCACCUAUAAUGGUACCUGCUGAUGUAUUUGUAGGGAUCUGUGCUAAGCUGGUUGGCCUUAUACCCAUCCACAGCUCAAGGUUUUCUGGGGAAAGACACAUUGUGUAUAACAGAUGUUGCUACAAGUUCAUCUUUACAUCUUCAGAAGCUACAGAUGCUGAAACAUCCCUGGCAUGGAGAGAAAUGAAUGAUGGGAAAGAGUGUUCACUGUUUGAGACUUACUAUGGGCUCAUUUCCUGCAAACUUCUGACAUACCUCAACAGCUUUAGACGUUUUCAUGUGGGGACUGUGCAAGGCAGUGCUGUGCACUUUGGUGAAUAGUAUUCACUUGCUUUCCUUUUAAGUCUCUUGUUUUUAAAUUGAUGUUGGCCCAUUA